GACGCACCGAAUGACUUUUCGGCUCCGUACUCACGUCUCCGACACACACAAUGGGCCGCGCAUCAAGUGAAAAGUCCAAGGAGGACUUUGGCAGCGGCGGCGUCGCCGACGAGCUCGCCCAGGCACCCGUCCUCACCAACAACAAUGGCAAGCGCGAGUUUGUCGAGAAGGGCGGGCUGCAGUACGUCGGCGAGCAGGGCGGGAACGGCGCCCAGGCGACGUACCAGGAGGCGCACGGCGCGCCCGUCGAGAAGGAGAACCCCCUCGGCUACAAUGUCGGCUGGUGGACGACGCUCUUCCUCAACAUCUCGAUGCUGAUCGGCACCGGUAUCUUCAGUACCCCUGCCAACAUCCUCAAGGGCACCGGAUCCGUCGGUCUCGCCCUCAUCUACUGGGUGAUCGGCCUGCUUAUCUCGCUGGCAGGCAUCUCGGUCUACCUCGAGUUUGCGUCCUACUUCCCGUCGCGCUCGGGCGCCGAGGUCGUCUACCUCGAGCAGGCGUACCCCAAGCCCAAGUACUUCUUCCCGAUCGCGUUCGCGUUCCAGACGGUCGUGCUGUCCUUCUCGUCGUCGAACGGCUUCGUCGUCGCGCAGUACAUCUUCCGCCUGACCAACCGCUCGGGCAAGGACUGGGAGGUCAAGGGUGUGGCCAUUGCCUCCCUGACGCUCGUGUGCGUCAUCAUCCUCCUGUCCAACCGCGUGUCCAUGGCCCUCGUCAACAUCCUCGGCGUGAUCAAGGUUGCCACGCUGCUGUUCAUCACCUUCUCAGGCUUCGCCGUGCUGGGCGGUGCGUUCCCCGACAAGGUCAAGGACCCCAAGCACAACUUCCACAACUCGUUCGAGGGCACCUCCAAGGACGGCUACAACCUGUCCAACGCGCUCGUGUCCAUCAUCUUCUCGUACGGUGGCUUCAACAACUCGUUCAACCUCGCCAACGAGGUCAAGAACCCCAUCCAGACGAUCAAGCGUACCGCCAACACGGCCGUCAGCGUCGUGUUUGUCCUCUACUUCUUCGUCAACAUUGCCUACUUUGCUGCUCUCCCCAAGGACACCAUCCUCAAGUCCAACCAGAUCACGGCGACGCUCUACUUCCAGACCCUGUUUGGCAAGACGGCGGCCAAGGGACUCACCAUCCUGCCGAUUCUGUCCGCCUUUGGCAACAUCCUCGCCGUCAUCAUCGGCCACUCGCGCGUCGUCCGUGAGAUCGGUCGCCAGGGCGUCCUUCCUUGGCCUGCCUUCUUCAUUACGACCAAGCCCUUCGGUACGCCCGGCGGAGCUGUCUUCAUCACCUGGUUUGUGUCGAUCAUCAUGAUCCUCAUCCCCCCCGCCGGAAACGCCUUCAACUUCAUCACCGCGCUCCAAAACUACCCCUCGUCGUUCUUCCUCGCGCUCAUGACGUUUGGCCUGUUCCUCGUGCGCCGCAACCGCAAACGCCUCAACCUCCCCAGGACAGAGUACCGCUCGUGGACGUUCGUCGCCAUCUUCUACCUGUUGGCCAACAUCUUCCUCAUCAUCAUGCCCUGGGUCCCGCCCAAGGCCGGCAUCAACGCGUCGUCGUUCAACUUCUUCUACGCCGCGUCGUCACUCACCGGUCUGGGCUUCAUCUUCCUCUGCUUCCUCUACUACCUCGUCUGGACCAAGAUCCUCCCAAAGAUCGGCAAGUACCAGAUCCGCCAGGCGGUCGUCACCCUCGACGACGGUUCCAUCACGCACAAGCUCCUCAACAUCCCCAACGACAAGAUCGACGAGUGGGACAGGAAGCACGACCCGGCCGGCCACUCGCUCGACUCGGGCUCCAUCUCCGAGUUCCGAAUUCCCGACCAGGACGAGGAGCACAGGGUUUAGGGUGUCGCGAAACUACAGUUUGCUCAGUGAAUGCAG